AUGGAAACACUGGAGUCGGAGCUGACAUGCCCAAUUUGUCUGGAGCUUUUUGAGGACCCGCUUCUCUUGCCUUGCGCUCACAGCCUUUGUUCCAACUGCGCCCACCGCAUCCUGGUGUCGCACUGCACCCCCAGUGAGCCCGUCCAGUCCAUCCGCGCCUUUCAGUGCCCCACCUGCCGCUAUGUCAUCAAUCUCAACCAGAGAGGCCUAGAAGGACUCAAGCGCAACGUCACCCUGCAGAACAUCAUUGACCGCUACCAGAAAGCAUCCCUCAGUGGACCCAACUCGCCCAGCCAACCUCGACGGGAGCCUGCCGCCCAAGACGGUGGCGCCAUGACACAGCCCGGAGAGCGGGUGUCGUGUCAGUUCUGCGAGUGUGAACCGCCCCAGGACGCCAUCAAGACCUGCGUCACCUGCGAGGUGUCCUACUGCGAGGAUUGCCUCAAGGCCACGCACCCCAACAAGAAACCCUUCACGGGCCACCGUCUUGUAGAGCCCUUGCUGGACACCCGCAUGCGAGGGGUCAUGUGCGCCGAGCAUGAGGAUGAGAAGGUCAACAUGUACUGCUUGACGGAUGAGCAGCUGAUCUGCGCCUUGUGCAAACUGGUUGGACGGCACAGGGACCACCAAGUCGCCGGGCUGGCUGACCGGUACGACAAACUCAAGCAUGCCUUGGACACCAACCUCAGCAAUCUCAUCAAGAGGACCAGCGAAUUGGAAAGUCUGAUGGGCAAACUCAUCCAGACGUGCCAACACGUGGAGAUAAAUGCAUCCAGGCAAGAAAACAAGCUGCUGGAGGAGUGUGACCUCCUGAUCAAUAUCAUACAACAGAGAAGGCAAAUCAUCGGUACCAAGAUAAAAGAAGGAAAGACUGUGCGCCUGAGGAAGCUGGCCCAGCAAAUCAGCAGCUGUAAGCAGUGCGUGGAGAGGUCGACUUCGCUCAUUGCACAGGCUGACCACACCCUGAAAGAGACAGACCCCUCGCGAUUCCUUCAGUCGGCCAAAAAUGUCUGCGAGAGAGUCUCCAUGGCAACAGCAUCCUCACAGAUUUUGCUACCGGAAAUAAACCUGAACGACACCUUUGAUACAUUUGCUCUAGACUUCACAAGGGAGAAGAAAAUGUUAGAGAGCUUGGAUUAUCUCACAGCUCCAAAUCCACCGGUAAUCCGCGAGGAAUUAUGCACGGCUUCGUACGACACCAUCACGGUUCACUGGACGUCAGACGAUGAGUUCACUGUCGUGUCCUACGAACUCCAGUAUGCCAUCUUCACCAGCCACUCCAAUGUCGUCAGUUUGUGCAAUUCUGCUGAUAGCUGGAUGAUCGUUCCAAACAUCAAGCAAAAUCACUACACAGUCCACGGGCUUCAGUGCGGCACCAAGUACGUCUUCAUCGUCAAAGCCAUCAACCAGGCCGGGAGCCGGAGUAGCGAACCGGGAAAGCUGAAGACCAACAGUCAACCAUUCAAACUGGAUCCCAAGUCCGCUCACCGUAAAUUGCGGAUUUCCCACGACAACCUGACAGUGGAGCGGGACGAAACGUCGUCCAAGAAGGCUCACGGCCAGGAUCGCUUCAGCAGCAACAGUAGCUACGGUGUCACGGGGAACGUUUACAUCGACAGCGGCCGCCAUUACUGGGAGGCUCUCAUAGGAGGAAGUACAUGGUUCGCGGUGGGUAUUGCCUAUAAAUCGGCGCCAAAGCACGAGUGGGUGGGCAAGAACUCGGCCUCUUGGGUAUUGUCCCGCUGCAACAACUCGUGGGUGGCCCGGCACAACAGUAAGGAGACCUCGUUGGAGCCCUCACCCCACCUGCGGCGACUCGGUGUACUGCUGGACUACGACUCAGGUUUCCUGUCAUUCUACGAUGCUGUGGGCUCGCAACACUUGCACACGUUUGACAUUGCAUUCAUGCAACCCGUCUGCCCCGUGUUUAAUGUGUGGAACCGAUGUGUCACCGUCCUUACCGGAUUGCCAAUCCCGGACAACCUGGAAGGAGUAGACUCCAGCAACUGA